AUCAUAUUAAUUAUGUGCAUGAUUACCAGAUAGAUAGGGGUGUUUCGGGCCUCAUGGUUUGGGAUACUCGUCACGGCCAGGGCCUCGGUUCGGGUCGUGACAUAAGAUCUUUUCAUCUUUCAAAUUUCUUGCAAAAACAUUGAGCACUAGACAGUUAAGGGGCAAAGUUACUUCGCAGCUCUUUUCUCUCUCGACUCUUCACACUAAUUAAUGAUUCAAUCUGAUAUUGUGAUUGCUCCUUUUGGAUUAGGAGUAGGCUGUUUUUUAAUUCUUAUGGUCUGCUGUCUUGUUGAAAUUGAAUUGAUAAAUUAAGGGGUAACAUCCAUAUUUGGAUUACUUGUAAGUGAUUCUAACAAUGUUUUUACUCUGGUUUUGGAUUACUUUUGCAGCGCAAACUGAGAAGCAAAGAUGCUACUUUGAGAAUAGAACCGGUCUCACUGCCUAUGCAUCGCACAUGUUUCCUCUAUUUGCAACAGAUAACUAGGCUCUUGGCCUGAGAUAGAGAUUCAUGAAAGAACUUGGAUGAAUAUGUGCAAAACAAGAAAACUUUGCCAAAACGGGUGGAUGGAAGAAGCAUUGCAACUACUAGUAAGUUCCCUCACAUCAAAAAGCAAACGGAGCAAAGGAGAACUAUUUCCGGUGAUCAAACACACCUUCACUGAUAGAGCAACUAUUCUUCCAUUGGGAUGUAGAGUUCAAAUACUUUCUCUGCCACCACCAAGUUCUACCGAAGUAGCAUACUUCUUUAUUGAUUCCGAUCCACCUUCAAAUCUGCUUGUGGUAGCAAUACGAAACAUCCAUGGCUUCUUCUUUCUCUUUUGCAAGUAAUUUACAGUACCGUCCUCGAUGGAAGUAUGCUGUGUUUCUAAGUUUUAGAGGUGAGGAUACUCGUAAAACAUUUGCUGGUCACUUGUAUCAAGGCUUGAAAAGCCGGGGAUUAUUCACCUUUCUAGAUGAUACAAGGAUAGAGGAUGGUGAUUCAAUUCCAGAAGAACUCCUUAACUCUAUCGAAGUGUCUCAAUUUGCAGUCGUUGUUUUCUCAAAGAAUUUUGCAACGUCAAGGUGGUGCUUGAAUGAACUAGUCAAGAUCAUGGAAUGCAAUAAACAAGAAAAUGGACAAACAGUCAUACCGAUCUUCUAUGAUGUGGAUCCAUCACAUGUUCGAAAUCAACGUGGGGACUUUGAAAAAUCAUUUGAGGAAUAUGAACUAAAGUAUAAGGAUGAUGUUGAGGGGAUGCAGAAGGUGCAACGAUGGAGAACUGCCCUAACUGAUGCCGCAAAUCUAAAAGGACAUGAUAUCCGUGAUGGGAAUGAAUCAGAGAAAAUUCAGCAGAUCGUCGAUUGCAUCUCUUCCAAACUAUACAAGACUGGUUAUUCUUUAUCUUCUUUGCAAGAUGUUGUCGGAAUAAAUGCUCAUUUAGAGAAACUAAAACCCCUACUUCAGAUAGAAAUCAAUGAUGUUCGGAUGGUAGGGAUCUGGGGAAUAGGAGGAGUUGGUAAAACAACAGUAGCAAGAGCCAUCUUUGAUACUCUGUCUUAUCGAUUCAAAGCUGCUUGUUUUCUUGCAGAUGUUAAAGAAAAUGCAAAAAGGAAUCAAUUGCAUUCUUUACAAAAUAUCCUUCUAUCUGAACUGUUGAGGAAAAAAGACGAUUACAUCAAUAAUAAGUUAGAUGGGAAGUCUAUGAUUCCGAAAAGGCUUUGUAAUAUGAAGGUGCUAAUCGUGCUUGAUGACAUAGAUCAUAGUGAUCAUUUGGAGUAUUUAGCAGGUGGUCUUCAUUGGUUUGGUGAUGGCAGCAGAGUUGUGAUAACAACUAGAAACAGACAAUUGAUAGAGAAUGAUGAUGCAAUAUAUGAAGUGUCUACACUACCUGGUGACGAAGCUAUGUUGUUGUUCAAUCAACAUGCUUUCAAAAAUAAAAUUCCAGAUGAGCGUUUUAAGACGUUCUCGUUGGAGGUCGUAAAUCAUGCUAAAGGCCUUCCUUUAGCCCUCAAGGUGUGGGGUUCUUUGUUGCGUAGGAAAGACCUAACUCAAUGGCGAAGAAUAAUAGAUAAAAUAAAGGACAAGUCAACAUCAGAAAUUGUUGAGAAACUCAAAAUAAGUUAUGAUGGUUUAGAGUCCGAAGAGCAAAAGAUGUUCCUGGAUAUGGCAUGUUUCCUCAGAGGAUAUCAUAAAAGUGAAGUCCUAAGAGUCCUCGAGAGCUAUAGUAUUGGAUCUGAAUGUGGAUUGGAUGUCCUAAUUGACAAAUCUCUUGUGUUCAUCUCUGGAGAUGAUAGGCUUGAAAUGCACGACUUGAUUGAAGAUAUGGGUAGAUAUGUCGUGAAAAUGCAGAAAGAAUUGGGAGAACCUAGCAGAAUAUGGGACGUUGAAGAUUUCGAAGAAGUUAUGCUGAACAAUACAGAGACAAAAGCAAUGGAAUCAAUCUGGCUGGAAAAUGACAGCGUUAAAAAACUAUUUUUUAGCAAAGAAGUCAUGAAAAAUAUGAAAAGGCUUAAACUAUUAUACAUCAACAAAUUUGAUACACAUGAUGCCAUUGAGUACCUGCCCAACAGCUUGGGUUGGAUUCAGAUUUUUGGAUAUCCUUGGGAAUCGUUGCCAGAAGAUUUUGAACCCAAAAGACUUGUUCAUCUUGAUCUCUUCCAAGGUUCGCUGCAUCAUUUAUGGUUUGAAACAAAGAAUUUACCGUGUCUACGAAAGCUAGAUCUCAGCCGCUCACGAAACCUGAUUCAAACGCCAGAUUUCAGGGCGAUGCCAAAUUUGGAGCAUUUGUAUUUGGUGUCCUGUAUGAAUCUUAAAGAGGUUCACCAUUCCCUUGGAAAUUGCAGAAAACUCAUCCACUUAAGUUUGAAUUGUUGUGAAAGCCUUAAGAGGUUUCCAUGUGUUAGUGUGGAAUCUCUUGAAUAUCUGGAUCUGGAGAAUUGCUAUAGUUUAGAGAAAUUUCCAGAAAUGAUCGGAGAAGUGAAGCCCUCUUCUAAUCAGUACCGAACUCAUAUUACCAGGGGAGUGCUCUGUUUGAAUAAGAUGAAAAAUCUUGUAGCUCUUCCAAGCAGCAUUUGUAAGUUGAAAUGUUUGGUGAAGCUGAAUGUGUCCUACUGCUUUAAAGUUGAAAGCUUGCCAGAAGAGAUAGGUGAUUUAGAAAACUUGGAGGAUCUUGAUGCUAGAUUUACUCUAAUUUCAAGACCUCCAUCUUCCAUCGUCCGCUUGAACAAGCUUAAAUUCUUGAGUUUUGAAAAAAACAAAAAGAAGCCCUCUUCUACUGAGUACCUAACUCAGGGAGUGUUAUUUGUGUUCCCUCGGGUGAACAAAGGGUUACACUCCUUGAAAAUUCUGAAUCUCUGUCACUGCAAUCUAAUAGAUGGAGGACUUCUGGAAGACAUUGGAUGCUUACAUUCUUUGGAAGAGUUAACACUUAGCGGAAAUAAUUUUGAGUAUUUUCCUCAAAGCAUAGCCCAACUUGGUGCUCUUCGAUUCUUGGACUUAUCACAUUGCAAUAAGAUUAAUUUUGAACUUAUCGUGGGGAUGAAAAACUUGGAGACUUUGAAUCUCAGUUGCUGCAAUCUAAUAGAUGGAGAACUUCCGGAUGACAUUGGAUGCUUAUCCUCUUUGAAAGAGUUGAAUCUCAGUGGAAAUAAUUUUGGGCAUUUGCCUCGAAGCAUAGCCCAACUUGGUGCUCUUCAAUGCUUGGACGUAUCACAUUGCAAGAGGCUUACACAGCUGCCAGAAUUUCCAGUUCAAUUAGAUACAAUAGAAGCAGAUUGGACAAAUUAUUGGAUCUGUAAUUCGUUAUUUCAGAAUAUCUCAUUAUUGCAGCACGACAUCUCUGCUUCAGACUCCUUGUCACUAAGAGUGAUUACAGGUUGGCAGUGGCAUGGGAUACCAAUGUUUCCAUACCAGGGAAUUGUUGGUGUACCAUUCAAUUUGCCUAAGAAUUGGUACAUACAUGAUAGCUUCUUGGGAUUUGCUGUAUGUUACUAUGGCAUAUUAACUGACUUCAUAGCUCACUUGAUUCACUUAUCUGAUGAUGGGAUGUCGUGCAUCACCCGCAAACUUGUCUUAUCGAACCAUUCAGAAUAUUCUCCAAAUGGUGUUCAUUUUUUCUUGAUACCUUUUGCGGGUUUAUGGGAUAUAUCUAAGGCAAAUGGAACAACACCAAAUGACUAUAGGCACAUCAUGUUAUCUUCCUCCAAAAAAAAUGAGUAUAUAUUUUGUUUGUUGUAUAAAGAUGAACUAGGCGUUUAGGCCUUUUUGCAAAUAAUGGAAAAUAAUGAUGAACAUUGUCUUGGGACAAGGAGGAGAAGAUUUGAUUAUAGUGAACACCAUGAUGAAGCCAGUUGCUCCUCUUCUAAGCAACAAGUAGAUGCACUUUGCAGCAAUAUCAACUGCCAGGAAUAUAGAGCUAUUUACAGCAAUCAAACGCACCUCCACUGAUAGAGCAACUAUUCUUCCAUUGGGAUGUAGAGCUCAAAUACUUUCUCCGCCACCACCAAGUUCUACCGAAGUAGCAUAGUUCCUUAUUGAUUCUGAUCCACUGUCAUAUCUGCGUGUGGUAGCAAUACGAAGUACAUCUUUUGUUAUCUCAGAAUUAUUGUGUGACAUAGCAUAGAAUUAGAGUCAAACAAGUUGUGUGACUAUUUCUGCUACCUUGGAAAUGUACAAUUGAAAGAUCAAUUCAAUUGCAGAGGAGACAUGUGCACUGGUUUUUGGACUUUUGGAGGAAGGUGAUUCGACGGGAUAUAGAGCAGUUACAGCU